AUGCGGAACGCGACGCCCAGCGAGCAGCCGGAGCCUAACGUCACUCUGGACCUGGACUGGGACGCUUCCCCCGGCAACGACUCGAUGAUGACGGACGAGCUGCUGCCGCUGUUCCCCGCGCCGCUGCUGGCAGGCGUCACCGCCACCUGCGUGGCGCUCUUUGUGGUGGGCAUCUCGGGCAACCUGCUCACCAUGCUGGUGGUGUCCCGCUUCCGCGAGCUGCGCACCACCACCAACCUCUACCUGUCCAGCAUGGCCUUCUCCGACCUGCUCAUCUUCCUGUGCAUGCCGCUGGACCUCGUCCGCCUCUGGCAGUACCGGCCCUGGAACUUUGGCGACCUGCUCUGCAAACUCUUCCAGUUCGUCAGCGAGAGCUGCACCUACGCCACGGUCCUCACCAUCACCGCGCUGAGCGUCGAGCGCUACUUCGCCAUCUGCUUCCCGCUGCGGGCCAAGGUGGUGGUCACCAAGGGCCGCGUGAAGCUGGUCAUCCUUGUCAUCUGGGCCGUGGCCUUCUGCAGCGCGGGGCCCAUCUUCGUGCUGGUGGGCGUGGAGCACGAGAACGGGACCGACCCUCGGGACACCAACGAGUGCCGCGCCACUGAGUUCGCGGUGCGCUCUGGGCUGCUCACGGUCAUGGUGUGGGUGUCCAGCGUCUUCUUCUUCCUGCCGGUCUUCUGCCUCACCGUGCUCUACAGUCUCAUCGGGAGGAAGCUGUGGCGGAGGCGCGGCGAUGCGGCGGUGGGCGCCUCACUCAGGGACCAGAACCACAAGCAGACGGUGAAGAUGCUUGCUGUGGUGGUGUUUGCCUUCAUCCUCUGCUGGCUGCCCUUCCAUGUGGGAAGAUACCUGUUUUCCAAGUCCUUCGAGCCCGGCUCUCUGGAGAUUGCUCAGGUCAGCCAGUACUGUAACCUUGUGUCCUUCGUCCUCUUCUACCUCAGCGCUGCCAUCAACCCCAUUCUGUACAACAUCAUGUCCAAGAAGUACCGGGUGGCGGUGUUCAAGCUUCUGGGCUUUGAAUCCUUCUCGCAGAGAAAGCUCUCCACUCUGAAGGAUGAAAGCUCUCGGGCCUGGGCAAAGUCGAGCACCAACACAUGA